AAGUCAUACGUGAUUGGCGAACAGCACAACACAACUUCUUCUUUAAUUCCAAUUAAAGUUAUCAUAUUUCCUCCACCCACAUCGUUAUCGUUUGUCUAUCACUAAUCGCAUACUGAAAUGAUGCACUGGCAUCUUAUCAUCAUCAUCAUUCUCAUAAUAUGUUCUCAUGCUUCAACCUCAACCUCUGCAAACUCAGGAGGGAGAGUGGAGUAUCUUCCAGGUUUCCAAGGACCCCUCCCUUUUUAUCUUGAAACUGGUUAUGUGGGUGUGGAUGAGAAUGAAGAUGUGCAGCUUUUUUACUACUUCAUUCGGUCUGAGUCGGAUCCCGACCAUGAUCCUCUCAUGCUUUGGAUUACCGGUGGUCCCGGUUGUUCUUCCAUUACCGGCCUGUUAUAUGAGAUUGGUCCAAUUCAAUUUGAGGCUAUGCACUACAAUGGAAGCUUGCCCACCUUGACUUUGACACCCAAUUCCUGGACCAAGAUGGCAAGCAUAAUUUUCCUAGAUAUUCCUGUUGGUACUGGUUUUUCCUAUGCAAGAACUAAAUGGGCCUCGCGAUCCACGGACAACCUACUAAGUGAGCGUGCCUAUGAAUUUAUGAGAAAGUGGUUUGAAGGUCACCCAGAGUUCGUUUCUAAUCCAUUCUAUGUCGGAGGAGAUUCCUAUUCGGGAGUCCCAGUCCCGAUAAUCACACAUUUGAUAUCAGAUGGAAAUGAAGCUGCCAAUCUGCCUUACAUUAAUCUAAAGGGAUAUGUUCUUGGCAACCCUUCGACAUUUUCAGAAGAAAGUAAUUACAAAAUUCGCUUCGCUAAUGGUAUGGGACUUAUAUCAGAUGAACUCUACAAGUCAUUGUUCCACACGUGUCAUGGAGAGUAUCGAUCACAGUAUAUAAGCGCGAGUAACAUAGGAUGUCGUCAAAAUCUUAAGUUGUAUGAAGAGUGCAUAGAUGGGAUUUUUGCAGACCAUGUUUUGGAACCUUAUUGUAGUGAUCCUAUGCGACUAAUUAAACUACCUACUCAAAAGCUGGUUGAUGAGUACCGUCCUCUUUCUUCAUCUGACUGUCGUGUUUAUAGAACUCAUCUGGUUUACUACUGGAUACUUGAAGCCAGUGAAGCGUUGCAUACUCGCAAGGGGACCAUAAAAGAGUGGAAAAGAUGCUCAGAUUUGAACUUCACAAAAACAGUUUAUGAUGUUAGACCAUACCAUCAAAACCUCAGCAAGAAAGGUUACCGCUCUCUUAUAUACAGCGGUGAUCAUGAUAUGAUCAUUCCUCACCAGUCAACUCAAGCAUGGAUAAGAGACCUAAACUACUCUGUCAUAGAUCAAUGGCGAUCAUGGAAGCUUAAUGGUCAAAUUGCUGGGUAUACAGAGAGUUAUUCGAAUAUGAUGACGUAUGCCACCGUGAAGGGAGGUGGGCACACAGCUCCCGAGUACAAGCCUGAAGAAUGUGUUGCUAUGUUCAAGAGGUGGAUAUCUAACCAACCAUUAUGACCAUCAUUGCAUUUUGUAAUGUCGAAAUGAUUCGAUAGUUGGCAACCUACGCAGCUCUUGUGUCGUUCUAUGACAUUAACAUAGACUGAUUGUCACUUUAAGGAUCCAACUAGUUCUAUGUUGAUCAAUUUGUGAAAUUUGUCAGUGUUGGAAGAUUACACUUACCACCCAAUGACUUAUAUUAGUUCUAAAGUUUAUGUAUUAUUAGUGACUUAUGUAAUUGUCUAAAGUUUGUAAUUAAACGUGUUGGAUCAGUUCUGUUUAAAUGUAAUGGAAAACAUGAAUAAUACCUGUUA